UCCGCCAUUUGCAAAAUAAAGAUUAUCUUGACCAGUAAUGCCCGACCUGAUAUGGUCUGUGCCGUACAGUGUUCCGGAGAAGAAUGGUAUAUUGUUGUUUUGUUGAAAAGAACUAACAUCAAUCAUGGAACUUGGUCAAUAAUAUUGUAGACACAUUUGCGUUGCAUAUUAAAGUGUGCACGAUAUAAAUCCAUGAGCAUAAGUACGCACCGAUGAUAAACUAAAAAAAUCCGCCAGUUUUAAAAAGGGAGCUCGAGAAGCGAAAGUGAGCACGGGAUGAUUUGUGAGCGUAAAGAUGGUUUAGAUCUGACAGAAGUAGAGAACCUGUACAUUAAAUUAGGCUACACAGCAGUACAGUGUGAGCUAUGUGUGGUGCGGGGGAGGAAAGAGAAGAAUGACAGCUCCUGGUGGAACGACAGCACAAGACAGGAGACUCUGACCCUGUUGAAGCCUGUAUUACAAGACUGGCAGGACAGUCAGCGGUGGCAGACCAAACCCAAAGAAGAACAGAAAAAUAAGAAAUUGCCUGAUUGUGUGACUGGCGAAUUGAAAGGUAUGGGUUAUAAUAUUCAGUAUACUGUGAAAAAAUGCUCAAGACUUCAGCACAGCCUUCUUCUUAAUGCUAAGCAAGAUGGAAACCAGAGAAAAAGGAUGUCUUAUUAUAUUGGGAGGUGUAAAGUGAGAGCAGUUGUCAGUCAGGACUGUCAUGUGGCAGAGACGGGCCAGUGUUCACAGCUCAGUGGAUAUUUCCAGCCAGGCAAAGAUGCUGCCAGCAAGACUAAAGUUCAAUUAAAAGAAAUAGUAGACAGAGGGAAAGCUAAGAAUAUCAAGAAAAGGGUAAAGAAGACAAGAAGUACUGCGAGCAAAACAGGGAACCCUGAAAAAUCUGCCCCCAGGAAAGACAGUAACCAACCAAUUCUUUCAGCCACCACAAAUGAUAGGGGCAUUGAAAACCUAGGUUCAGGUGAAACUAGUACAGAUUGGAAGCAGAUAUCAGAAGUGAAUUUAGAGAGUGCAGACACACAAGCUGGCUAUGUCAGUGAGCAGUCUUCUAGCGGACAGCUGUCAUCUACAGGAAGUCCAUUUUCAGCACCAUCUACUAAAAGGGAGUUGUCAGCUCCAUUUAAUGGAAGUCGGUUGUCAGCGCCAUCUAUUACAGGAAGUCGGCCUGGGAGGUCAUCACCAGAAAGUUGCCCAGUAGCACCAUCUGCAGCGAGUGUUCCUUCAGCGUUAUCUGUACGAAAUCAAAUAUCUAAAGAAAGUCGGCUGACGGUGCAGCCAAAGCUUACAACACAACCUAAGGAAGACAAGUCCCACUCUACUAAUGCCCCAUCUGAUCCACAGGGCGUAGACAACAUUGCAAAGAGGACAUUCAAGUUCAGGAAGACUAAAUUAUCCACUCAGACUAGACUGCCAUUACUUUCCCCCGAUGUUCCGGGUGAAGCAUUUGAGAAAACACAAUCAGGAGAUGAAGAAAAUAGUGAGCAGUCGCAGAGUCGCAUUGUGGGGUAUCACACUGAGAAGGCUGUUACUGCCAAUGCCUUUGCUUUAAGUCAUCCCCAAGCAACACAGCAAGCAAAUAGUGAUAAACCCAUCAGACAAAGCCAUUCAGUGUGUAAGAUGAGUAGUAGUUUGUUAUCAGAGGGAGAGAAGAUGUCCAAGAAACACAUCAAAAUUACAAAGAGACUUCGCAACCAUUCCAAACAACAGCAUCAUGUACAAGAAAGUUUGGAGCAUGUGUCUGAUUUUAAUAAUGAUGAUGUAAAUGCCUAUGAUGCUGACCCCAGAGGUGAAUUAGAAGAGACAGAGGAAGACAGCAAGUCCUCCACUGUAUAUCCUUCCAAGAAAAUCAAACUAUCCAAACAGAAUGAAGAACUGCCAGAAAUAGACUUGAGCCAGAACCAUGAUUCGUUGCAACAAAAGCAUGGUAAUCAAACCAAAUUGUGCAAUAAGAAACAAGAGACUGUAUCAGACAAACAAAUGUCUUUUACUCCUGAUGUAGAGAGCACUGGGCAUACAUGUAGUUCUCGAAAUGUAGUAAAACCUCACAGUGAUGUCGUAAGUCUGGAGAGGGAGACAGGGUCCCCGAGCAGGAUUGGUGACGGUGCAGAAGAAGUGAUUCAUGUUGAAGAUGACUCUGAUGUGGAUGCCAUGGAGCAAGAUAUUAGAAAUAUGAGGAAUGUGAAUCAACUUCAAGAUGAUCAGCUGAGAUACAUGGUGGAGAAAAAUGAAAAAUAUCUGAGGCAGAUCUUUGAAGGCAAGAGGUCCUGUCUUCGUCAUGAAGAGUACAAGAAAGGCGGGGUGUCCAGAUACAAUUUGGACCACAACCAGGCCAGCCUGUGUGUGUACCUUGAGAGCCAGAAUGAUGCAGUGAUGGAAACAUUGAUACAGAUAUUCUGCAAGAAGCACAACAAGUACUUGGACUAUCUGAUGAAAGUUCUCCUCCCAGAGGCAUUAAUUAAGAUCUACAUGGAUGUCCAUCAAGUUGGUCAUGCUGCUGCAGAAGAGGCCUUAAGGGCUGCCACAAAAAACAAAAAACUGUCGUUAUAACCGUCAGCCACGUACCAGUGCCAUAACUAGCUUGGGCUAUUUGACUGUUUGCAAGGCUUCUGCAAUGCACUACUAACUAGAUUUUUUAAUAUUCAAAAUGCUGUGGAAUAAAUGAUUAAAAUGUACCACCUUGGUGUGUAUUAUGUC